UCCAUUCCUGGGAUUAUCCAUACCAGUUCCUCUGAAAUCCCCACCAUCUCCACGAAAUCCCCGAAAAAGGGCAGAUCUUUUCCACAAAAACCACGAGAAAGGGUGUAGCUUCCUGCUAGUUUGCGCUGGCCGCUGGCUUAUGGUGCCCGCUUCUAGAACGCGUCCAGAAUUCGUGGACUCGCCCCCGCCCCGCCCCGCCCCAGCUCACACGCCAACUCCCAGUACAAAGCCUACGGAAUUUCCCCCAACCCCAAUUCGAGCUGUCCGCUUUCAGUAGUCGCCGCCGCCGCCGCUGAACUGAAAGUUGAAACCAGCUCGCCGGGGGUCCGAUUUCCCCAAUUUUGUUUCUGCUAGGAGGCCGCGGCCGCGACCAUGGGAAACUGCUGUGCCGCGCCGUUGACGGAGGAGAGCGGCAAGAACCGCCCCAAGAAGCAGAAGGCGAACCCCUACAACGUCGCGUACAACCGCGGGGCGGCGCCGCCGUCGGCGCGCCCGGGCCUGCUGGUGCUGCGGGACCCGACGGGGCGGGACCUCGGCGCGCAGUACGAGCUCGGCGGCGAGCUGGGCCGCGGCGAGUUCGGCAUCACGUACCUGUGCACGGAGUCCGCCACGGGGGCGCGCUACGCGUGCAAGUCCAUCUCCAAGCGCAAGCUGCGGACGCCCGUCGACGUGGAGGACGUGCGCCGGGAGGUGGACAUCAUGCGCCACAUGCCCGCGCACCCCAACAUCGUCAGCCUCCGCGCCGCCUACGAGGAUGAGGACGCCGUGCACCUCGUCAUGGAGCUCUGCGAGGGAGGGGAGCUCUUCGACAGGAUCGUCGCCCGGGGCCACUACACCGAGCGUGCCGCCGCCGCCGUCCUGCGCACCAUCGUGGAGGUCGUCCAGAUGUGCCACAGGCAUGGCGUCAUGCACCGGGACCUUAAACCAGAGAACUUUUUAUAUGCAAACAAGAAGGAGAGUUCCCCCCUGAAAGCAAUUGAUUUUGGGCUGUCUGUGUUCUUCAGGCCUGGUGAGCGAUUUUCUGAAAUCGUAGGCAGUCCAUACUACAUGGCUCCAGAGGUUCUAAAGCGAAACUAUGGCCCUGAAGUUGAUGUCUGGAGUGCUGGAGUGAUACUUUACAUACUUCUUUGUGGUGUACCACCAUUUUGGGCAGAAACCGAACAGGGAGUAGCACAGGCAAUUAUACGAUCUGUGGUAGAUUUCAAAAGAGAACCAUGGCCCAGAGUAUCUGAGCCUGCUAAAGAUCUUGUCAGGCGGAUGCUGGACCCAAAUCCAUUGACACGGUUUACUGCAGCACAAGUACUUGAGCAUCCAUGGCUACAUGACUCCAAAAAGAUGCCAGACAUUUCUCUUGGUGAUACUGUCCGAGCAAGAUUGCAGCAAUUUGCUGCAAUGAACAAGUUAAAGAAGAAAGCACUAAGGGUGAUUGCUGAGCAUCUGUCUGUGGAGGAAGUAGCUGACAUAAAGCAGAUGUUUGAUAAGAUGGAUGUGAACAAGAAUGGCAAGUUAACAUUCGAGGAAUUCAAGGCCGGCCUUCGUAAACUGGGAAACCAAAUGCCUGAUUCAGAUCUUCAGAUAUUGAUGGAUGCUGCUGAUAUUGAUAAAAACGGGACCCUAGAUUAUGGGGAAUUCGUCACUGUGUCUGUUCAUGUGAGAAAAAUAGGCAACGAUGAACACAUCGAGAAGGCCUUCACAUACUUCGACCGGAAUAAGAGUGGGUAUAUAGAAAUCGAAGAGCUUAGAGAGGCGCUAUCUGAUGAACUGGAUGGAAAUGAUGAAGACAUUAUCAAUGGCAUCAUCCGAGAUGUGGACACAGAUAAGGACGGGAAGAUAAGCUACGAUGAGUUCGCGGCAAUGAUGAAGGCCGGCACUGACUGGAGGAAGGCGUCUCGGCAGUACUCGAGGCAACGGUUCAGCAACCUGAGCCUGAAGCUCCAGAAGGAUGGGUCCCUCAGUGCCGAGACACGAUAGGCAGGUCACCACGCCACCAGACGGAGAAGUCGAGAAGGCCAUAUGCCGAUGUCCUGAGCUGAAGCAUGGUGGCUACUGAGUGUUCAUCCGUUUGUCUGUUUGUUUUGCUGUGCGGGAUUUGGUCAGUCAGUCAGGUUAUUCGAUUCCACGCUCCAUUUUACACGUACGGUGAAUCUGUAAUUCUUGGGUUUGUGAUUGUAAAGAUGGUGGUUGUGCCCGUACGUAUUGUAGAUCGAUGCAGCAGCGUGUACUUACGAAGAACGCUGGAGUAGCAGAAGUAGAGUCUUGCUUGUAACUUGUAAUUGUAAGUAGAAUUUGUUUGUGUGAUGCAAUGCAUGAUGGUUGCCGGCAAAA